GAGAAGUGACUUGCAGCUCCCACGCACGAAAACCAGUCCCGAGCCAUGCGCCUGAUGACGAGACACGAUAUGCACGAUUGCGGCACAUUCGGACGCAUGCAGUUGGAGAAGAGAGAGAGAAAAUGAAAUGCGAUACGGAGGCUACCGUUGAACUCCGCCACGUGACCGCGUACAUCCUUGCCACUCUCGUCUGUGCCCAUCGAGUCGAAACCGAACUCCGUGGAUGACCGAUCCUGACACCGAUAUGAGCUCUCCCCAUCCUCACGAUACUUCCAUUGGAUCUGACGCGCAACCCGUCAAUCAAUGGUCUGUGCAUGUCGAAGUGCGUCUUCAACCCCGCGCGACCGCACGCUUCGAAACGAUCCGUCACCGUAUCACGGAGUGGGUACAGUCUUUCGAUCGUAUCAACCUCUCCUCGACUCUGGAUGGCUGGGAGGAUGUUCCUGAGCUGGCUUCCUCUGUCGAACGCGUCCUUGUCGCUGAAUCUGCCUGUCCCACUCAUUCUCUGCAUGUUUCCGAGAUGAUGCUUCAAGUCCACGUAUAUCAACCAUCAGACGGCGACUCAUUCGAGGAGUUUACGAACAGUGGUGGGACGCGCGAGGACGACGAUGAGACGAUGGCUGCCAGUGUAUGCGAGCUACCGAACCGCAGCUGGGAAGGAUUGUGGGAUUCGUUGAUAUAUGCGGACGACAUCAAACUGAAACUGCUCGACUACAUCCAUGCUACCCUUGUUUUCAGUGACGCCAAUGUCGACUUUAAUCUGGUUUCGUGGAAUCGGGUGGUGCUUCUUCACGGACCCCCUGGUACUGGGAAGACAUCUCUCUGCCGUGCUCUUGCCCAAAAACUCUCCAUUCGUCUUUCGCAUCGUUACUCACAAGCGAGGUUACUCGAAAUCAAUUCCCAUUCUCUCUUCUCUAAAUGGUUUUCCGAGUCGGGAAAACUCGUGCAACGAUUGUUCUCCAGCAUCACCGAGCUAGUAGACGAAGAAGACACAUUUCUUGUUGUUUUGAUAGAUGAGGUUGAGUCUUUAACGGCUGCAAGAGCGGGGGCUAUGGCCGGGACCGAGCCAUCUGAUGGGUUGAGGGUCGUCAACGCCCUGCUAACCCAGCUGGAUAAGCUCAAACAUCGCAAAAACGUCUUGAUCAUGUCCACUAGUAAUCUCGUCAAAGCCAUUGACAGUGCUUUUGUGGAUCGUGCUGACAUUGUUCAGUAUAUAGACCUACCAUCUCGCGAAGCCGUUUACGAUAUCUUGCGGACCUGUUUGUGUGAGAUUAUCGCCAAAGGCAUUGUUUUGCCCAUUAGCGUUCCCACACUGAAGCAAGCCUCGAUGUACGAACUCUCGGCAAUGCAUUCGUCGGAACAUCCAGCCAAUGCCACACGAGAGAAAUCAAAGAAGGUUGCUCUGCGUUUGCUAUCGUUGGCCGCCCAAUGCCGAAGUCAAGGCAUGUCCGGGCGCUCACUUCGUCGGCUCCCUGUUUUAGCUCUUGCUCGUCAUAUUGGGAUAGGUCAACUGACGCAGUCUGGUUCUGGAAGAAAAACUCCCGGCGCCGAUGUCAAUGUGUGGCUGGAUGGGAUGGAGAAAGUGGUUGGAGAUCGGGCCAAAGAGUCUGAGCACCUGCAUUGAUUCCAUUGUUGUUGUAUUCGUACUAUUGCAUCCGACCAAUUUGUAUCCGUAGUCCACGCCCAAUCAUCACCUGUGCUUCAAUUAGAAACUUGCGCUUCCAUGGUCCCAGCCAAUCGCCGUCUGGCGUGUGCCAUCCGUUCCAGUCUAUCAGCAAGCGAGCGCAACGUUAUUGCUUCCGAUUCGUCUUCGAUAGCUCUUUCAUGCAACAGACCAACGAACUCCUUCUCCAAUGUGCCCAUCUUGCCUUCUUCUGCAAUCGACGUUUGCUCGACCACGCUUUCCUGCUCUUCAAUCUGCAAGACUUGACGCACAUCAACGCCUCUCAUCUCAUCGAUGACCUUCUGGAAAUGCCGCACUGUCGUCGGUGACACCUGAAUGUGGCACGGCGCGGGCUUGCAAGCUAAUGGAGAAGGCAGAUCGUUCAGAUACAUGCUUGCGAUUUCUUCUAUGAAAUCGAUGCUAGAAUCAGCGAGUCUUUCGGUGAACGGAAGGCGAGCGGUGGGCGGGGGCGUGAGAGGCAUAGUGUCGGUUGAGCGGGCAUUGAAAGCGACAGCGGCAGCGAGAUCGGACGCUUCCGGAGUGCUACGAGGGAUGCUAUCGAGACUGUUCUCGUUGUCAAAGCUAGAGUUGCGAAGCGAGGGUGAGCGAAGAAGGUCACGCAGGAUGGACGGGCUGAGUUUGGAGAAAUGCUUCAUGCGCAUCGGAGUCGACAAGAAAGGAUUCUGUGAGCCUGUGUGUUGCGUUUCAGAUAAAUCUGGCGGCGUGUUUAAUUCGCGGGUUUCGCGGCGAGAAGCAGGGUUCGAAAGCAAAGGACUGUCGUGUAGAUCGAGGUCGAAUGCUUUCAGUAGAAUCUGCGUCGCUUGCUCUUGAUCUUCGAUGGUAUCUUGAUAAUCGCAUAGUAGGUGGCGUCGAUAUUCUUCUGUACCGAGCGUAUGCAACACGCCUGUGUCGAGUUCCGGCUUAGCGAAGUAGUUACUGGACAUGGUGGUAGCGGCUGCCAUUUGAGAGUGUUCGGAAGUUACCGAGUCGCGUUGUCUGCCACUCCCAUGGAAGUACUUGUGGUCAAGUACGAUCCGGAUCUCUUCUCUGACGAGCUUUACCAGCGCGCCUUGCUCGUGCUCGAUCCUGAAAGCUCAGCGCGAAUCCGCCGCUUCUAUCGACGUGAAGAUGCGUGCAGAACUCUGAUUGGACGCUUUCUUCCCCGCAUACUUCUGCAUAGACGGGGGAUACAGCACUCGCAGAUGCGCUUUAGUGCGACUGCAACUGGUAAACCUUUCAUCACGAACCCCACUUUGGAUCCUCCUUUGGCGUACAAUGUUUCUCACGACAACGGCUUAAUCGCCAUCGUAGCCUCGCCUAACUGCCGCGGACCCCCUGCAUUCUCUCUCGGCAUCGACGUUAUGAAAGUGCGCAUACCGCCUCGAGAUACAUUGGCUUCCUUCGUCGAAAUGAUGGGUGAUCAAUUGUCCGCUCUCGAAAAGCGGCUCAUUUCAUCAGCGCCAACGGAGCAAGAUGGGUUGGAACGCUUUUUCUGGAUGUGGACUGCGAAAGAAGCAUACACCAAAGCUUUGGGCCUCGGGUUAGGCUUCGAUUUCAGUCGCGUCGAGUUCGAUCCAUUGGCGAACACCUUAAGAGUCGACGGCGCUGCUCCCCUCGGAUGGACCGUGGACAAAUUUAGGGUCAUCCAGGACAACGAUCUCUACUUCGGAGUCGUGGCCGAGUGGCACACCGAAUGCUCAGAUCCGGUGGUAGUGCGAGAGAGCGACGAAUUGCCCGCGGUAAUGGAUGCUCACA